AAUUCUAUUCAUAUCCAACAGAUCCUGAACCCCCGCUAUUAAGACUAUCAAAGGUCAAAUUUCGAACCUGCCUUUGUGAACUAGUGCUCUAAACCAAAAUACCACGGCUACCGCUUGUCUUCUGACGACCAACUCCGAUUUAGAUCCUCCCUCGUUUGUUGACGGCGCGCUCCUUCUCUCCCUCCCCACAUCAUGGCUUCGGAUGGCCACACAAGCUCGGAGGUUGAGCUCUACGAAUCCGGAUUGACCCUACAUUCAGACUCGGAGAACUAUUCGGCCAACAACGAGUUAUCCGAGUCGACAUCUAGUUCCCCUUUGAUCCUUUACACGCCCCCUACGAUCUGGAGUAUCCUGCGAGGUGCCGCUAUCAACCUGGUCCUUCCGUUUGUGAAUGGACUUAUGCUGGGGUUUGGUGAACUAUUUGCACAUGAGGCAGCCUUCCGGCUAGGAUGGUCUGGGACAAAGAUAUUUCCAACUUAUCGGCGAUCGAGACCAGUUGGCCCUGGUGUGGAAGUUCGAGAAAUUCCGUCGCGGAGGAAUACUAGCUUGCGAGACACAGCGUCUCUAGAAUAAGCUCAAUGUAAACUCUACAACCGCUCUCACAUUGAAAUGCACAACAACAGAAACAGAAUAAUUAACAAGAUUCAUUAUCAUCAUAAAAUUGGACAUAUGUACAUAGAUCCCAAGACUUUGAGUAGUACCUAUACUGUCUGAUUGGACGGCGUCCGGCGAAGCACCU